AUGGCGGCGGCGGCGGAGGAGGCGCGGCUGCUGGCCUGGCUGCGCGGCCCGGCCGCGGGGCCCGCCGGCCCCGAGCUCGCCGCCUACGUGUCGGAGCUGGCGGCGCUGGGGCUGGCGGAGCUGGGCCGGGAGCCGGCGCGGCUCGCGGCGGAGCGGGAGCGGGUCGGGGCCGAGACGCGCCGCCUCGCCUUCGAGCACUACCGCGCCUUCAUCCGUUCCGCGGAGUGCACCGGCCGCGCCGGCCGCGGCUUCGGCGGCAUCGAGAGCCGCCUCGGCAGCCUGCUGGAGCGGCUGCCCGCGCUGCAGGACGCCUGCCGGACCUUCAUGCACGAUGCUGAGGCGAUUGCCUGCAGCCGGCGGAUGAACAGCCUGACCCUGAACCGGCACACGGAGAUCCUGGAGAUCCUGGAGAUCCCGCAGCUCAUGGACACCUGUGUCCGCAAUGGCUACUACGAGGAGGCACUGGAGCUUGCGGCCUACGUGCGCCGGCUGGAGAGGAAGCACAGCAGCAUCCCCGUGAUCCAGGGCAUCGUGGAGGAGGUGCGCCAGUCUGCCCAGCUGAUGCUGAACCAGCUGAUCCAGCAGCUCCGCACCAACAUCCCGCUGCCGGCCUGCCUGCGCGUCAUCGGCUUCCUGCGGCGCAUGGACGUGCUCACCGAGGCUGAGCUGCGCGUCAAGUUCCUGCAGGCGCGUGACGCGUGGCUGCGCUCCAUCCAGGCCUCCAUCCCCGACCACGACCCCUACGUGCACAUCACCAAGACCAUCGAGGCCUGCCGGGUGCACCUCUUCGACAUCAUCACCCAGUACCGCGCCAUCUUCUCGGAUGAGGAGCCGUUGGUGCCGGCCGAGGGCACAGUGCCUGCCGAGGGGGCCAUCUUCCACGGCUGGGUGCUCCAGAAGGUCUCUGAGUUCCUGCAGACACUGGAGCGCGACCUGGACCGUGGGGUGGGCAGCCGGCUGGACUCGCUGCUGGGGCAGUGCAUGUACUUCGGGCUGUCCUUCAGCAGAGUGGGCGCGGAUUUCCGCGGGCAGCUGGCCCCCCUCUUCCAGCGCGUGGCUGCAGAUACCUUUAGGAAGGCAGUGGAGGAGGCAGUGGAGAAAUUCCGAGAGGAGAUGAACUCCUACACACUGAUCUCAGCGCCAGCCGUGCUGGGGGGCGGCGCGGCAGUGCUGGUGCCCACGGCCCAGCCUGGGACGCUGCAGCCCCCCAUGGUGCUGCUGGACUUCCCUCCCCUUGCCUGCUUCCUCAACGGCCUCCUCGUUGCCUUCAAUGACCUGCGGCUCUGCUGCCCCAUCGCCCUGGCACAGGAUGUCACUGCCUGCCUGGACAGUGCCCUUGGGGAGGUGACCAAAACCAUCCUGGCCUUCCACCGUGCGGAGGAGGCGGCUUUCAGUGGGCGGGAGCAGGAGCUCUUUGCCCAGUUCUGCACGGCCUUCCUGGAGGACCUGCUGCCUUACCUGAACCGCUGCCUCCAAGUGCUUUUCCCUCCAUCACAGAUCGCACAGGCACUGGGCAUCCCCCCCACCCAGCUGCAGCGUUUCGGCCGCCUGGGCCGCAUCGACGUGGCCGCACUCAGGGAGCCACUGGCUUUCCUGCUUCCACCGGCACCAGGCGAGGAGGAGCCAGCCCAGGAGACCACCCUGUGCCCGGAAGGGGAAAUCGUGGCCGUGCCCACCGAGCCCCCGGAGAGCCCCCCCGAAGGGGCUGUGCUGCCAGGUGACCCGGUGGCCACGGGGUAGC